UCACAGUCAGUGGGCGGGGCUGGAGGAUUUCCUGUCACUCUAUAUAAGAGCAGGUUCCCUCCGCUGCUGCUCACUCUGUGCUGUAAACUCAGAGAGAAAAAAUGCCCGAACCCGCCAAGUCUGCGCCCAAGAAGGGCUCCAAGAAAGCGGUCACCAAAACCGCCGGCAAAGGAGGCAAGAAGAAGAGAAGGACCAGGAAGGAGAGCUACGCCAUCUACGUGUACAAGGUGCUGAAGCAGGUCCAUCCCGACACCGGCAUCUCCUCCAAGGCCAUGAGCAUCAUGAACUCCUUCGUCAACGACAUCUUUGAGCGCAUCGCCUCCGAGGCUUCCCGUCUGGCUCACUACAACAAGCGCUCCACCAUCAGCUCCAGGGAGAUCCAGACCGCCGUGCGCCUCCUGCUGCCCGGUGAGCUGGCCAAGCACGCCGUGUCUGAGGGAACCAAGGCGGUCACCAAGUACACCAGCUCCAAGUAAACCAGCUGCUGCUGCUGCUGCUGCUGCUCGGUCACAACAACACAAAGGCUCUUUUAAGAGCCACAAACACACUGAAGAGCAACAAUCCUUGACUUUUGUCUCGUAUGGCUGAGAAAUAACUGUCUAAACUAUCUCCAGUUUUCAACAGUGGCCCUAAAAUUGUCCAGUUUUUAAUAUAAACAAGCUUAAUAAAACAUUAAGUGACAUGAAUAUAGAUCACAUUCCAGCCAUACUGUCUAGUUGUAGCAAAUUGUGUUGAAAUAACCUACAAUAACAAAUGGCAUCAACGUGAUGACUCUUUUGAUGAAGAUGCUUUGCUAAUUUUUAAUUGGACAUCUGAUGACCUGCGUUUUGUGCUAUUUGGCAAACAUUCUAUUGGAAAUAAAGCUUCGUUAAUA